AUGCUGCCGUUGUCCCAAGCGAGGCGCAAGUCCGAUUUUCCCGCCACUGAUCCUCUCACUUUUGGCGCGCUCGUCGAGCGGAUCCUGGAAUUGCCGCCGGUGAAGCCCGUUAUCAACAAGUACAUGAGCGCGCAAAGGCACAAACCGCUCGAGAGUCAGAAGAAGCCCACGUAUUCGUUCAAGGGAGCUCAAUCUGCUGGAGAAUCUGCUGCUGCGGAAUCUGGAAAAUGGGAUGACGAUCUCACCACGGUACUGGAAUCCAACUCAGUCGAGGUGCAGGUGAGGCUGACCUGCUCAAGCAGCCAUCAUAUCGUCAGCUACACGCGUUUCACGUCAGGCAUGACUUGCAGGGUCUGCUUGGUGCGCGCGAGGAUCAAAGCCGAGAGACGCAAAGCGCAAGAAGCCUCGAGGCGAGCGACUUCUGGCUCGACCAACGCUUCUUCUCUUCCAAGCCACCUGCAAGACAUGAUUCCUACGCUAUCAUCUCAAGCCUCAGAGUCCACUCCAGGUGAUCUUAUCAUCUUUACCGCUCAAGCUGCCUGGAAAGAUUUUAUGGAGCGAGAGCAAGCUAAAAUUGAUAUGCCCCGGCAUGCCACCACCGCCCAAUCCUUCACGAAGGAGAACAAGACAGGUCUACUGUACACGCGAAAACCUGAUGGCCCAACUCCCAAGGCGCUUACUCUCACUGACGCCCAGCGGACGGCUCUGAAUAUUCAAGCGGGCGAGCCGGUCUUUGCAGCAUCCAAGAAGGCCUACCGCUGCUCCAACCGCCAAGACCAGCAACAGCAACGUGUUGCUGCUACUCGAGCGUCUGGCACUGCUGCGUCGGCUGCUGACUCCAUGUCUCAGAGUGAAAACGCAAUUGCUCAACACGGCAAUUCCAGACUUCCAGUGCACGAACGUGUCAUUGAUUCCAUUGCACAUCCACACGAUUACGACCAGAAUUUUGAGGCCGUGCCUCGGUUGAAGCUUGGAUGCUGUCGCUACUCGCUCACACGAUAUGUUCUGGUGCACAUGCACAAGAAACUCGAAGCCUGGAUGAUUGACCGCUUGGACAUUCGUUCCUGGGAAGAAGUGCUUUUGGAGUUUGUUCGCCAUGUCUCGACCGCACCUCGACCUAAGCCAUCCUGGGAAGUCCGCAUAGAAAGCACUCGGUGGUUUCCGAGCGACGCUGCGGUGAAAACCUUCUUGGUGCGCCAACUCAAUGGCGGUGCUUCGCCUGAUGCUGUUCGCCUGCGCGAGUUGCAGAAAUCGUGCGAACAAGACCCCACCACGCAAGGAUUCGAGAAGGCCGUGCAGGAUCUACGCCCAAGUCGAGGACAAGUCAUGGCAGCUCAAGCUGCUCUUGUAGCAGAAGCAGCAGUUCCCCGCGCAGCGCGGCAGCUCUUUGAAAGCCUUGCGCCUGAGCGAGCUGAAAUCAGCCAGCGGAUGCGCCCGUCCACCCGUGCAGCCUCGCAAUCGCAGCAACCUCGUCGAUAUGCCGGCUUGGAUGCUGAUGAGGCCGGAGCCGACGACGACGACGACGAGGACGCCGAAGAGAAUGAUGGCGAGCUGGAUUGGGGAGACGGUGCUUUGGCUAGCAACGCAAGAGUUGCUGCAAGCGUGAAGCGGCGGGCUGCACCCAAUCGCACCGCAAAGUGGUGCAAGCGUCCUCGAACCACCCGGAGGAAGCGCAGCGGUCGUGCACUCAACGAUGAUGCCCAUGACGAGACGAGCGACUUGGACGAGGCGGCAUCCCAACCGUCAAUCUUCUCCCAGGGUGAAACGGCGAGCACAAUAGCUGACGAGGAUGCGUCGUGA